AUGGAGAAUGACUGCGGAAUUCCGAAGUACAAAGGGAUUUAUGUGCUGUCACGUAUGAGUUACAAAAUGUUACUGCACAAGUACAGCAUAAAAUCAGGGAUGCUAAUGGAGAGUUAUCCUUUAUUCCGAGAGGAAUUGAACAUAAAAUGUGUCGGGACUCCGUAUUACAUGUCACCAGAACUCUGCCAAGGGGAGAAGUAUAAUUUUAAAUCGGAUAUCUGGGCAGUCGGCUGUGUACUGUUCGAACUGCUGACCCUCACUCGAACAUUUGAUGCAACGAAUCCGCUGAAUCUUUGUGUGAAGAUAGUGAAGGGAACGCGUACGAUGGAUGUGGAUCCAACUGUAUAUAGUGAGGCCAUGCGCUCUAUAGUCUUGGAGUGUUUGGAUAAGGAUCCAGAGAAGCGACCAGCAGCCAACGAGAUCCUGAACCAGCCAAUCAUCGACAACCAGCGAGGGUCAAUGGAGGACAGAGUCACUCAGUUGAAUGGAUCAGCACGUAAAACCAGACUGAAUACACCUGCUGACCCUCCCAUUGCAGUGGUGACUAGUCAGUUCAGCGAUGUUUAUUACUGGGGCGGUGGAAAAGCCACACCACAGAAACUGGACCUAUUCAAGGGUGGGCGCAGUGCGCAGCAGGUCUGUGCCAGCAACACACACUUCGCUGUGCUAUCGGUGGAAAAGGAGCUUUACACCUGGGCGAAUGUUCAGGGUGGGACGAAGAUGGUAGGCCAACUGGGCCAUGGUGACCGGGCCUCCUAUCGUCAGCCCAAGUGGGUGGAGAAGCUGCAGGGGAAGGCCAUCCACCAGGCAGCCUGUGGAGAUGAAUUUACUGCCUGUGUUACCGAUGAGGGUCACCUGUAUACGUUUGGCUCUGAUUAUUAUGGCUGUAUUGGCUGUGAUGGUCAGUAUGGACAGGAGGUAUUGGUGCCUGUGCUAGUGGAGUUCUCCCUCGAUCAUGCUGUUGAACACGUAUCCUGUGGUGAUAAUCAUGUUGUCGCAUUAACACGCAACAAAGAGGUGUUCUCGUGGGGCUGCGGGGAGCAUGGGCGCUUGGGGCUGGAUUCAGAGGAGGAUUACAAAUACCCAGAACGCGUUGACCUGCCAGUGAGCCUGAGCAUUGUGUCAGUGCAAUGUGGCUCUGAUGGGACUUUCUUCAUAACUCAGAGUGGCAAGGUGUUGGCGUGUGGUAACAACGAGUAUAACAAGCUCGGACUCAACCACUACAUGCGAGGUCUUCGCAAACACCCAAUCAAAGCUGAUCAGGAAGUUCCCUACAUGACCUCACUGACUCUGUCCAAACAGCUGGCCAUUUACAAAAUCAAAACCAUUUCUGCAGGCAAGACCCACACAGCAGCUAUUGAUGAGCGAGGUCGCCUAUUAACAUUUGGCUGCAAUAAGUAUGGACAGCUUGGAGUGGGAGACUACAAGAAGAGAGAUGGCAUCAAUGUAUUGGUUGGUGCACUUGGAGGAAAGCAAGUGACUAAAGUGUCGUGUGGAGAUGGAUUCACCAUUGCAUCUACUGAUGUGUCCCGGCUGGCAGCCUGGGAUCUUGCUGUGCCGCCGGCUCGCUCUCACACCCCCUCCCCCCGCGCUUCCCGCUUUCCGGACCUCACUCCAAAUAAGGGCAUCUACGUCAGUAGGUUCCCGGUGCAGGGCCGCACCAACUCGGCGCGGGUUGAAUGA